AUGAACUGCGGGCAAUCAAGUUCCCAGCAUACGAAUAUGCUCGCAUCAGCGACACGAUUGAAUGCGAAGCUGACAGUAGCGGGGGGUCAAGACAAGCAUUUGCACAGACCAAUUGUCAUUGACGACACUGAAUUUGGCUCAAAUAAACGUUGGGGCAAUAACACGAGCCGUGUUUGCAAAGACCAACAACCAGUGCAGGAGGGCACGUGUCUCAUUGGAACUCUACGAGUUCACAGAUUCAUGCUCAAAGCGAAAAAAUCUGACAAUAUCCGGGACUUUACCAUGUUCGAUUUAGCCAGAACAAGAGAAAGAACGGUUACAACUUGA